CAGCACGAGGCCGGCGCUGUAGAGGAGGGAGGUCAACUCCUCGUGACUCAGUGCGUAGAAGAUGAAGUCUGCGGACAAAGGCGACAACGAUUACAGUGGCUACAACCAGGCUGGUGCCCAACAAGCGUACAGCUCAUAUGGGGCCCAGCCCGCUCAGGGGUACGGACAAACACAGCAGGCUUAUACUCAGCAGGAGUAUGGUUCGUAUACCCAGCCUUCUGCCACUGAGUCUUCAUAUGGCCAAACUGCGUCCUCUGCUGCUGGAUAUGCGCAACAGCAGUACGGAGCUUCAUAUGGGCAAUCAGCCACACCAGCUGGAUAUGGUGUCCCUCAGCCUAGUGCUCAGAGCUACAGCCAGCCUGCUCAGGGCUAUGGGGCUAGCAGCUAUGCUACCGCUACCACUGCCCCUCCUCCGCAGGUCUCCUAUGGCAACCAGCCGGCCUAUAGCACUCAGCCUGCAUAUUCGGCCUACAGCCAGCAGCCUGCUGCCUCGGCAGCACAGAGUUACAGUGCUGGCAGCCAGCCCUCUUACACCCAGGCAGCGUACUCCCAGCAGCAAGGGGGAUACCAGACCCAGCAGCCUGGAUACGGGGGGCAACAGCAACCGUCCGCUUAUGGCCACGUGCAGUCCCAGCAGGCCCCGUCUGUGGCUUACCCCCCGCAACCGGACGGCACCUACAGCCAGCCUCCACAAAGUCAGUACAGCCAGCAUGGCGGUCCACAGAGUAGCUACCCCCAGACUCCACACUACAACAGUUAUAGUCAGGGUGGUGUGAGCGGGUACCCUGCCUCCCAGCAGCAGUCACUCCCACGCGGGGCAUUCCCAGGGCCUGGGGACCCUUCUGGCUCAGGCCGGGACAGCUAUGAGCGGGCAGGCCUGCGUGGAGGCCCCCGGGGCCGUGGGCUUAUGGGCCGUGCGGGCAUGGGCAUGGCUGGGGACAGAGGUGGCUUCAGUAAGCCUGGUGGACCCAUGAGGGACGGACUGGACCGUGAGAUGGGUCACCCAGGAGAGCAGGAUGAUUCAGAAAACAGCACCAUCUACAUCACUGGGCUCACUGAGAAUGCCACACUGCCUGAAAUGGCUGACUUCUUUAAGCACUGUGGGCCCCUGCGGAUCAACCGCCGCACUGGCCAGCCAGCGAUCAAUAUCUACACAGAUAAAGACUCUGGCAAGCCAAAGGGAGAUGCCACACUCUCCUAUGAGGAGCCCUUCUGUGCCAGGGCCGCUGUGGAUUAUUUUAAUGGUAAGGAGUUUCAGGGUCGGCGACUGAACGUGUCGAUGGCACGCAGGAAGGUGGUACCAGGGGCCAUGAGAGGGGGCAUGUCCAUGAGAGGGGGAGACAUGAUGGAGCGUGGAGGCUUGAUGGGAAGAGGAGCAGAGAGAGGCGGCUUCCCUCCCCGUGGGGCCCUGCGUGGUGGCAUGGGCUGGGCUGGACCACCAGGGGGCAACAAUGUGCAGAAGAGAGCUGGAGACUGGGAGUGUCCAAACCCUGGCUGUGCUAACCAGAACUUCUCCUGGAGGACAGAGUGUAACCAGUGCAAAGCUCCUAAACCUGAGGGAGUGGCACCCCCUGCCGGUGGGGAGCGAGGCCGAGGUGGCAUGGUUCGUGGUGGUAGGGGCAUGGAUCGUGGUGGCCCCGGUGGCAUGCGUGGGGGCUGGGCUGGUGAACCAGGGGCCUUCCGGGGUGGCCGGGGAGGGCUGGAGCGUGGAGGCUUCAGAGGCGGACCCCCCAUGGAUCGAGGGGGGCGCAGAGGAAUGGGCCCCCCAGGAAAGAUGGAUAUGAGGGAUCAUCGUCAGGAACGCCGGGACAGACCCUACUGAACUACUGCUCGCGCAAGGAGUAAUCAAGCUCUGUAAAGGGUUGUCUUUUUUUUUUUUUUUUUUUUUUUUAAAUGGGUCUUUUUUUCUUUUUUUUUUAGAAUUUAGAAGUCCAUAUUUAUACAUGGCUAUCAAAUCCCUGGCACGUAACAUCUUUUCGCUUUUGCUUUUUAUCAUUUAUUUAGCUUUUAGUUUUGCAGUUUCUUCUCAUUCUAGAAAAUUCCAUACUCUUAAUUUUAUACCAUGUUACUCCUCUCCCCACCAAAUGUACUGUUCAAGAAUUUUUUUAAAAUAAAAAUUUCAACUCUCUUCA